AUGGCUCCUCUAAGAUGCGACCCUCGUAGCAACCACAAGGCCGUGUUCCUGGUGACGACACCCAUCGCGUUUGGAAAGUUUGCGUUGUCCGAGGCAAGCUACAAGCUCUUGGCCAGGCACGUCGGCAUGAGCCUCAACAGCGUGAGCCACUGGGCUGUUUGCGUGAUCGACAGGGGGCUGGGGAAGGAUUACUGCUACGAUUUAAUGAGCGACCGUCUCGAAUUGAGUGCCCUCGGCAAAAACUACUUUCGUGUCGCUGUGAUUGCGCCCGAGUUUAUUGACACGUGGAGUUCUUGCUAUUACAUUGGCGAAACUACAAAAUCGCAUCAGGAGAUUCAGGAUCUGGGACGACAUCACAUGGAAUUGAAUCCUCGAUAUCAUUUAUUAUCUAACAACUGCCAACAUUUGGUAGACACCCUCGUUAAAGAACUAUGCAACGGCAAGGUCAUCAGUCAAGCCAAGUUGGACGAGGAACUAUCUCUAGCCUCCCCAAAGAUUGCGCGUGAUCUGAUGAUAGCGCGACUAAGAUCUAAAAUGGACGUGGGAGGUGAGAGCGAGGACAGUCCCUCGGUUAAGGAAUACUUGGGGGCAUUAAAGAAGAACUGGGGAGAUAAGUGA